AUGGGACCACCUCCGCAAGACAUAGCGAAUCUCACUGUUGCAAAUCUGAUAACUUUCAUAACCAUGGACUGGGAUAGAGAAAAACUUCAGGAAACUCUCCCAGGAUAUGUUGAUCAAAUCUUGGAGAUCAAACCGAGUACACUAGGUGCAAAAGAUACGUACGCCUGGCUCCCAACGACAUCUAGUAUCUACUCUGCUAAAUCUGGUUACAAUGAGAGCAUUGUCCACGACCCAAAGAGUGGCUCCCUGCAUGAUUUAACUAGCGGAUUUAGCUGGAACACUCACAUCUGGAAGUCACAUUGUACACCAAAACUAAAAUUAUUCAUGUGGAAGUUGAUGAGAGAAGCUUUACCGGUGGGAGAGAACCUGAGGAAACGACGGAUGAACGUUGAGGCGACCUUCUGGAGACUUGCUCCCCUGAAGGAACCGUUGAAUGUGCACCUAUUUGCGACUGUUAGAGAGGGCAUUGAAAAGCUCCAAAACGUCAUCGUCUUGCCACCUUCCGGGGUUGGACAAGGCCCCCUCCACCCUUGGACUCUUUGGAAGAUCUGGAAAGAGCGAAACAACAAACUUUUCUCCAAGCGCCAUGAAUCACCAAAGGAUACCUUAUCCGCUGCAAUUGCCCUAGGCCGAGAAUGGCAGGAUGCCCAAAUUCUUCCCCCGAAACCAAAACAAGCCCGCACAAAAGAAAGCAACCCCAUAGCAGGAUCGGAUUUUAUGAAUCUGCACACGGAUGCGGCUUGGGAUAUGGGUUCCCGUAAAGCGGGUUUGGGUUGGCUUUCUUCAACCACAAUUCGAGAAUCAAAGUACCUGAGUCCAUUGCAGCACUUCAUGUAG